CCACUCUCAAAUUCAGGUUUGAUUUUGUUUCAGAAAAAGAACACGAAACACCUUCCCAAUCACAACUUGACGUACAACUUGACCCCGACACCGAGCUGGUACGUAGCUAGAAAAAGCAUAUGAAAGAGGUGCUAGAUAAAACCACGAAGUCGGGUAUAACCUAGUGGAUUGAGGAUGAGGAGGUUGCCCUAGCCGAGCCUAUAUUGACACCUCCGAGGAUCAAAAGAUCGGUUAGAUUGUCGAAAUCAAAUAUUCUCAGGAUGCGGGUUUAGAGUCAUUUCUUCGCGGUGAUGGGCUUGGGCGAGACAUGCAAGCAAAGCUUUUCAAGUUCGUCAAGAUGUUGAAUGAGCACAACAACCAAAGAAAGAGUGGCCACACCCCACAACAACGAGGUGGUAACAAACGUCGCCUUGAUGCAAUAUACUCGGGAAAGGAGUGCAAUUACACAUCUCAAGGCAUUGCAACUCAUGCGUACUUUCACAAAGUGGCAUCCUGUGUUCAAACUCCAAGUCUCAAAAUGCUCGAAGAUGAAUUCUUCAACCGAUGUUGUUCGGUACAUUCCUCCUCAAGAGUCCAAAUAAAUUUGAAUGACAAGUGAAUAAUACUUCAUGGCUCCCGUAUGUAGCCGGCCAUCCGGUCCUAACAACCAUAGAAAACGUUUUAUAACCUCGGGCACUAGCGACUUCGAUAAAAGGUUGGACAAGAUGUUAAUGUGCGUGAGAAAAUUUAUUGACCUCCAAGAAAAACAAUGCAACAACAAUAUGCAGUUGUCGUAUACUCCAAGAGAUUACUUUACCGGGUGCAAAAGAGAAUAUGUCGAGAAGACAAAGGAGAAAAUGCAGAAGAAAUGGAAGAUGGACGG